AUGUCCUCGGGUGAGGCGGGGGUGGGGCAGGGCACAUGGGGUGAUACUGGAGGCAAAGGGAGUAAGGGGAACACGAGAGCCUCUAGGUUGAGAAUUGGGUCUUGGAACAUAGGAACACUAACGGGUAAGUCUAUAGAGUUGGCGAAGAUUCUUCAGAUGAGGAAGGUUAAUAUAACUUGUGUUCAAGAGACUAGCUGCGUAGGAUCGAGGGCGAGGGAUGUAGACGGGUAUAAGUUUUGGUACUCUGGAGUCAUGAAGGGUAAGAAUGAAGUGGGUAUUCUGGUGGACAGGGAUCUUCGAGAGUCGGUGGUAGAGGUCAGGCGGAUCAGUGAUAGAUUAAUGACUAUUAAGCUAGUGGUUGGGGAGUGCACUCUAAAUGUAGUUAGCGCUUACGCGCCACAGGUGGGCUUGGAUGAGGAGGUUAAAAGGCUCUUCCGGGAAGUGUUGGAUGAGAUUGUGCGUAGUAUCCCGCUUUCUGAGAGGUUAUUUAUAGGAGGGAAUUUCAAUGGUCAUAUUGGGUCGACUUUUGAUGGCUAUGGAAAUGUGCAUGGCGACUUCGGUUUUGGGGUUAGGAACGGAGGAGGUACAUCACUGUUGGAUUUUGCGGAGGCAUUUGAGCUAGUGAUUGCGAACUCUAGUUUUUCGAGGAGGGAUGAGCAUUUGGCUCUUGGUGAUGGACGUCGGUAUCAUAAUAAAGAGAAAGAAGAGGUUGGCACAGGGACGACCGAGGAUCAGGUGGGAGCCUUGACUGAGGAUAAAGCUCGAGAGUUGGAGGGGAGGUUAUUGAUAUUGGGAUUCUGGAGGAAUAGCAGGGACGCGAGCGCUAUGUGGGAGACGACGGUGAACCGUAUUAGGGAGGAGACAAAAGAGGUGCUAGGGGUCUCGAAGGGUGACACUGAUAGGCGCAAAGGUGACAGGUGGUGGAAUGAAGUGGUCCAAGUCAAAGUGGAAGAGAAGAAGACGACGUACCUGAGGUUAGUAGGGAGCAUAGACAAGGAGGAGAGGAGGACGCACAGAGAGAGGUAUAAGGUAUCUAGGAGGGAGGCAAAGUUGGCGGUCACAGAGGCUAAGACUGAUGUGUUUGUUUGUUUGAAUGAGGAACUGAGGGACAAAGGCAGGGAUAAAAAGAUCUUCCGGCUGGCCAAGGUGAAUUGGGGCAUUCCGAGUGUUACCGAGACUUUGGGUACUGUAGACGCAUUAAGGACGAAAAUGAUGCCGAAUGAGUGGAGGUGGAGUACGGUGGUACCGUUGUACAAGAGCAAAGGCGAUGUCCAGAAUUGUAACAACAAUAGAGGUAUCAAGUUAAGUCAUACCAUGGAAGUUUGGGAGAGGCUGGUGGAGAGGGUGAGGAAAAUUGUGUCUAUAUCUGAUAACCAGUUCGGGUUCAUACCGGGUCGUUCAACUACGGAAACUAUCCACCUUAUUAGGAGGUUGGUGGAAUAG